UGCGCCAUUCCCUAAAUGACUGGGGAACCCCGUGGUUUGAACUGUGGGAGGAAGACCUUGCUGUGAGUUCCGGGACCUGAAAAUUCCGCAGAGCCGCAGAUGCCGGGGAAUUUCCUGGGAAAGUCAGCAGUCUGCAACGCCACUAACGCAGUGGCGGGAACCGCAGCCCUGCGGCCCUGGAACCUCACAGGUUUCACAUUGUCAGUCAGUCCAGUUCACCUGUGAAACAGAACCUAGAACUCUGGAUGGAGAAGAGAGAGGAGACAGUAGCAAAGGAUCCAGGGAUUCGAGUCUUUGUUCCUGAGACAGAAAUGCUAAGAACUAUAAGAAGAAUGAAUUCUUCUCUGGUAAAUACUCCCCAGGAUCCUUUAACAUUCAGGGAUAUAGCUGUGGACCUGUCACAGGAGGAAUGGGAACGUCUAGACUGUGUUCAGCGAGCAUUGUACAUGGAUGUGAUGUUGGAAAAUUAUAAAAAUCUGAUCUUUGUAGAGACCCAUCGCAUACAUGGUAAAUAUGAGAAUGUCUUGGAUCGAUGCACAAAGCAUAUCCUGCACAAUCCUGCGAAUAUCCAGGAGAAGUUAUAUAUUUGUAAUAAGCUUGUCAAACUGAUUGAUGAAUCCUUCCAAUGUAGACCUCAUAACACAAGUGAUACUGCAGAAAACAGCAAGAAGUACAGAUCUGGUAACUAUGGAGAUACUUCUGUUGAAACAGUAAAUACAAAGAGACACAAAAGUGGAAACACUCGAGAAGAUCCUUGCAAAAAUGAGGACUAUGUGAACUGUUUUAAUUUGUAUUACAACAUUAGCCAAAAUCAAAGAGUCAACAUAGGAAAGAAAGAACACAAAAAGAUAGCAUAUGAGAAAUCUUUUGACUCUAAACAUAAAAUUAUGCUGAAACAAACCAAUAGAGGAAAAAAAGGAGACCAAAACAAGAACUCUGGAAAAUGCUCUAAGUUGGACUCAAACAUUAGUAGGCAUCAGAGAGCGCAUACAGGAGAGAAACUCUAUAAAUGUAUGAAAUAUAAAAAAUCCUUUCAGCAGUUGUUCCAACUCAAAGUACAUUACAAUUUCAAGUGUCGUGAAAAACCCUACAAAUCUCUUAAAACUCAUCAGAGAAUUAAUAUAGGAAAGAAACCACACAAAUGUAGUGAAUGUGGCAAGUCAUUUAUGAGUACGUCAUAUUUUAGAAUACAUCAGAGAGUACAUAAAGAAGGGAAGAAACCUUACCAAUGUGGAGAAUGUGACAAAACCUUCACCCAGAAAAACAGUCUUAGAAUUCACCAGAGAAUUCAUACAGGAGAGAAACCUUACAAAUGUAGUCAAUGUGACAAAUCCUUUAUGUUUAAAGGCAGCAUAGUAGUUCACCAAAGAAUACAUACAGGAGAGAAACCUUACCAAUGUGGUGAAUGUCAGAAAUUCUUUACACAGAAAAGUGGUCUUCGAACUCAUCAGAAAAUUCAUACAGGAGAAAAACCACACAAAUGUAGUGAAUGUGGCAAAUCAUUUCUGAGUGUGUCGUAUCUUAGAAUACAUCAAAGAAUACACACAGGAGAGAAACUUUACAAAUGUAGUGAAUGUGACAAAGCAUUUAUCCAGAAAGACUCUCUAAUAAGUCACCAGAGAACUCAUACAGGGGAGAAACCUUACAAAUGUAGUGAAUGCGACAAAUCCUUUACCAGUAGGUCCUUUCUUAGAAGACAUCGGGAAAUACAUUCAGAAGAGAAACCUUACCAAUGUGGUGAAUGUGACAAAUCCUUUACAGAGAAAAGCAGGCUUAAAGCUCACCAGAAAAUUCAUACAGGAGAGAAACCACACAAAUGUAAUGAAUGUGGCAAAUCAUUUAUGAGUAUAUCGUAUUUUAGAAUGCAUCAGAGAAUACACACAGGAGAGAAACUUUACAAAUGUAGUCAAUGUGACAAAUCAUUUGCCCUGAGAUACAGUCUAAUGAGUCACCAGAAAUUACAUACAGGCGAGAGACCUUAUAAAUGUAGUGAAUGUGACAAAUCAUUUCUCAAUAAGGCCUCCCAUAGAAUACAUCAGAGGACACAUACAGGAGAGAAACCUUACCAUUGUAGUGAAUGUGACAAAUCUUUUACACAGAAAGGCAGUCUUAAAACUCACCAGAGAAUUCAUACAGGAGAGAAACCUUACAAAUGUAGUGAAUGUGACAAAUCCUUUACCUAUGGCUCAGAAUUUAGGAAACAUCAGAGACUUCAUACUGGUGAGACACUCUACAAAUGUUAUGAAUGUAACAUAUCGUUUACCCGUCGUGAAUUCCUUACAAUACAUCAGAGAAAGCAUUCAGGAGAGAGACCUUACAAAUGUAGUGAAUGUGACCUAUCAUUUAUGAGUAUCUCAUAUCUUAGAAGACAUCAGAGAAGCCUUACAGUUGAGAAACCUUAUAAAUGUAGUGAAUGUAACAAACUCUUUUCCCAGAAAUGCCAUCUUAGAACUCAUCAGAAAAUUCGUAUGCGGGAGAAUUCUUACAAAUGUAGUGAGUGUGGGAAAUCCUUUAACACUGACUUAUGUCUUAGAAGACAUCAGAAAGUUCAUACAGGUGAGAAACCCUACAAGUGCUAUGAAUGUGACAAAUCCUUUACCUAUGGUUCAUCUCUUAGAAGUCAUCAGAGAGUUCACACAGGAGAGAAACCUCACCAAUGUAGUGAAUGUGACAAAUCCUUUACGAGUACCUCAUAUCUUAGAAUACACGAGAGAAACCAUAGAAAAGAGAAAAAGUACAAAUAAUAAUCAGUGACACAUCUUUUAUCCAACCUUAGAACACAUGAAAGAAUUCAUACCUUAGAGAAACCUUUCAAAUACACUGUAUGAGAAAAAGUCUACUUGCCUUUCACAUGUAAGAAAACAUCUAAAAAUUCAUACUGGGGAGUAAAGAAACUAUUUGAAAUGAUGUGCCUUCUGCUUUCUCCAAUUUUUACUUGUUCAACCUGAAAUAAUUCAUAAUGAAGACAAAAUGGAGAAGUCUGAAGCCCUGUCUUUGGUCUUGUGUAGCAAUUUUCUAGAAACUGAGAUGAUCCAUUCUGAAGGAAAGCUGAUUAAGGCAGGAGAUAAGCGGCUCAAAAUAGCUUCAAGAUGAUGUGGGGAUUGCCUUUUCUAUUAUUACCAUUGGUUAAUAAAGAAGCUGUUUUGGCCUAUGGCAGGCAGAAUAGAGCUAGGCAGGAAAACUAAAGUGAAUGCCAGGAAAAAAAAAAGAAAGUCAUGGAGACACAUGUAUCUGCCAACAGAGAAAGAUACCAGAACCUACAGGUAGGCCACAACUUCUUGGUGGUACACAGAUUAAUAGAAAUGGGUUAAGAUAUAAGAGCUAGCUAGGAAUAUGCCUAAGCUAUUGGCCAAACAGUGUUGUAAUUAAUAGUUUCUGUGUGAUUAUUCAGGUCUGGAUGGCCAGGAAACAAGUGAGCAUUCUCAGUUUAUAUCAAGAUAUCCCUGAAACUGACAGACUUCAGUAUGUUUAACUGAAAUGUCAAAACUUAGACACAAAUCAUCCAACUCAAGAUUGGUCAAACUGGACCAUCAAGAUAGGAUUCUCCUUAAUCUGUAUGUAUACCUAUAGGUGUGCAGUAUGUUUCAGGUGUCCAAUAUUCAUAAGCUAUAUCACAUGCAAAUUUUGGAUUUGAGGAUUGCAACUACCUUUGUGUCCCCUGUGCUCUGAUAAGCAACUCUCCCCAUAUUCCUGCAGCUUCUAAUAAAGCUCAUUGAUUUAGCAAGUUGAA